CGCUGUGGCCGGCUGUGUGGCCGCCACCUCACCAUCCCCUUGCUCAUCUCUCCGGUUCUCCCCUGCCUCGAGUCGUUCCAGCGUCCACCAAAAAAACGCAACGCACCGUGCGCCCUCUCUUGCCCCUUCCCCCAAGUCCCGAGUCCCGACCCCUCCCGCGCGCGAGAUCGAUCCGGUCCCUAGAUCCCGAUGGCCUCGCGCCGCCGCACCCUCCUCAAGGUCAUCAUCCUCGGCGACAGCGGGGUUGGGAAGACGUCCUUGAUGAACCAAUACGUGAACAAGAAGUUUAGCAACCAGUACAAGGCUACGAUUGGCGCCGAUUUCCUCACCAAGGAGGUGCAGUACGAGGAUAGGCUCUUCACUUUGCAAAUAUGGGACACUGCUGGUCAGGAAAGGUUUCAGAGUCUUGGUGUUGCAUUCUACCGGGGAGCAGAUUGUUGUGUCCUAGUUUAUGAUGUUAAUUCUAUGAAAUCAUUUGAUAAUCUGAACAACUGGCGUGAAGAGUUUCUAAUUCAGGCUAGCCCAUCAGAUCCUGAUAACUUCCCUUUUGUUCUGCUGGGUAACAAAGUUGACGUAGAUGGUGGCAACAGCCGCGUGGUCUCCGAGAAAAAGGCAAAGGCAUGGUGUGCUUCUAAAGGGAACAUCCCGUACUUUGAGACUUCUGCCAAGGAUGGAACAAACGUUGAAGAGGCUUUCCAGUGUAUUGUAAAGAACGCUCUCAAGAAUGAACCAGAGGAAGAACUGUACAUGCCGGAUACAGUGGAUGUGGUGGGUGGCAACCGGGCUCAGAGAUCAUCUGGUUGCUGUUAAAACAUGAUGCAUCAUGAGACGUUGCGAUCAUCGGCUACACAGGAACCAAGCAUGAUGCAAUGGCUGGGUCUCCAUGGUUCUCUAAAGGAACCAUAUUUCAAGGGCACCUGUCCCGAGCUGUCAAUUUGUGGAUGUUGUGCAGUUUAUCGGGUAGCGUCAUAUCUUGUUAAUACAAUCGGCGAAAUAAGAGAUGUGUAAACUAAGGUUUAUCCAUUAUGUUUGUGUGUGGGUCGAGUAUGAAUUUGCCUCUGAGCUGAAACUACAUUUGCAUUGUGCUGUGCCCUUGCUGUAAACGCCUUCUCCUCGCUUUCUA